AUGGUCCGCAUCAUCCCUGGACGAUUAAAGUCCAGCUCUUCUCUCCGCAAAAGCCGAAGCACCAGCCCAUCUCGCAACAACAGCAACGCCAGCACCACCAGUAACGGCAACGGCAAGAUGGGAGAACUGAGCCCCAAAGACAAUGGCUUGACCUUGAAGGUCGUCAUUAUGAAGGCCCGUAAUCUUGCUGCAAAAGACAGGAGCGGCACAUCAGACCCGUUUCUCGUUGUUACCCUCGGCGACGCAAAAGUCACGACGCACGAAGUCCCCAAGACGCUGAACCCAGAGUGGAACGUCAUUGAAGAAUUGCCCGUCAACUCAACCCAGUGCCUCCUCCUCGAUGUAAUAUGCUGGGAUAAGGACCGCUUUGGCAAGGAUUACCUGGGCGAGUUCGAUCUCGCCCUCGAGGAGAUCUUCGCCGACGAGCAGAAUGAGCAGCCCCCAAAAUGGUACCCUCUCAAGAGCAAGAGACCUGGCAAGAAGACGAGCGUGGUUUCUGGUGAGGUCAUGCUGCAAUUCACUCUGUUCGACCAGUCCAACACUGCCGCCACCCGCGAAGAAAUAUUUGAGAAGUUCUACGCUCUUGUCAGCCAGGUGCCCGCGGGCUCCCGACAAAUUACUCCCACCAUGACACCCUUAAUCCAGCCGAUUAAGAAUCUACGCGUUCGUAGCGGAAACACACCAUCGCCGCCGGCGUCACAAACCGUGACCGACCCCGACCAAGACGACGACGACGAUGACGACCUCGAUAUCGACGACGAUACCCCCGAGGACGAGGACCCAAGCAAGCCAGAGGUUGCCGAAAAGCGCAAACGUCGUCUUAGAAUCAAAGGCCUGAAGAAGAAGAGGAGAGAGAACGCAUACGAGUUUAAUAACAGUGGAAGUGAUGUUGUCGGUAUUAUUUAUCUUGAAGUCUUGAACAUCACCGACCUCCCUCCCGAGCCCAAUUCUACCCGAACCACCUUCGACAUGGAUCCAUUUGUAGUCGCCUCUCUCGGCAAGAAGACAUACCGGACGAAGCGAGUGCGACACAACCUUAACCCCGUCUUCAACGAGAAGAUGAUUUUCCAGGUCCAGGGACACGAACAGACAUACUCGUUCAGUUUCACAGUCAUGGACCACGACAAGUACUCGGGAAAUGAUUUCAUUGCCGACUGCAGCCUUGCUGUGAGGGAGCUUAUCGACAAGGCCCCGAAGGCCAACCCCGAAACCGGCUUGUACGAGCUCCCUGAGCCUCACGAAUUCGUUCCACCCCAGCAGCGUCGCUUCAAGAAGCUUGGGAUGUCGCGUACAUCAUCGACUCAGAGUCUUAGCAAGGUGGUGCGACCUUCUCUGUCCAAGAACCCGAGCAGCGCGUCCGCUGCAACGGGCACACAAUCCGGAACAGCAACUCCUGCAGCUGUCCCUCAGACCGGGGCUUUGAACCCCGAGUUUUUGUCCCCCGAGCAAGCACUUGCUGGAGCUGGAGCUCAGACUGCCGAGGUGGAGGCCGACGAAACCGACUUCAGCGACUUCAGCAUCCCAUUGAAGAUGAAGGAUGCCAAGAAGUGGGAAGACAAGCACAACCCAGUCCUGUACCUACGCGCUAAAUACGUGCCUUACCCUGCUCUCCGCCAGCAAUUUUGGAGAUCCAUGCUCAAGCAGUAUGAUACUGAUGAGAGUGGUCGCAUCAGCAAGAUCGAGCUAACCACUAUGCUUGACACCCUUGGAUCAACAUUACACGAGUCUACCAUUGACAGCUUCUUCAAACGGUUCCCUCACAGAGAAGAAGGCGAUGACGUUGAGGAUCUCACAAUGGAUGAGGCUGUUAUCUGUCUGGAGGAUCAACUAGAGGCCAAGAGCAAGCCGCAUGCUACUGUAACAGAGAAGGUGAAGGGCAUGCUGCCAGAUGCCGAUAAGGUCAAGAACCUGCUCUCGGCCCCCGGGGCUAGAGCUAAUGCUCAAAGUGGUCUGUCGACGGAAACAUCAAGCACCUCUGACGGAACCUUGAACGUGCCAGAGCUGAACUCUCCUGGCGAGGAAGGUGACUUGCUCGACCGCGAUGAUCUGGCCGAGGAUCGCUCCGGCGAGGAACAUGUUGUUGAGAUCAGGGAGUGCCCUAUUUGCCACCAGCCACGCUUGAACAAGCGCAAGGACGCCGACAUUAUCACUCACAUUGCUACAUGUGCCAGUCAGGACUGGAGGCAGGUCAACAACCUAGUUAUGGGCGGCUUUGUCACAGCAAGUCAGGCACAGCGUAAGUGGUACUCGAAGGUCAUCACCAAGAUCUCCUACGGCGGUUACAAGCUGGGAGCCAACUCGGCCAACAUCCUGGUCCAGGACCGUAUAACCGGUCAGAUCAAUGAGGAGAAGAUGAGCGUCUACGUGAGGCUUGGCAUCCGUCUCCUCUACAAAGGACUCAAGUCUAGUAACAUGGAAACCAAGCGGAUUCGCAAGAUGCUCAAGAGUAUGAGUAUCAAGCAGGGCAAGAAAUUUGACGACCCGGCCUCCAAGGCUGAGAUUCCCAAGUUCAUCGAGUUCCAUCGCCUCGAUAUGUCCGAGGUGCUUCUGCCGCUCGAGGAGUUCAAGAAUUUCAACGAGUUUUUCUAUCGAGCUCUGAAGCCGGAUGCUCGCCCUUGUUCCGCGCCCGACCGUCCGGGUAUUGUCGUCUCCCCUGCCGACUGCCGCAGCGUUGUCUUCAACAGCGUCAGUCAGGCCACCAAUGUCUGGAUCAAGGGCCGCGAGUUUUCGAUUAAGCGUCUUCUCGGCGACGCCUAUCCCGAUGAUGUGAAGCGCUUCGAGAACGGUGCCCUCGGUAUCUUCCGCCUGGCUCCGCAGGACUACCACCGCUUCCACAUUCCCGUGGACGGUAUAAUGGACAAGCCCAAGACGAUCGCCGGAGAGUACUACACGGUGAACCCGAUGGCCAUUCGUUCGGCACUUGACGUAUACGGAGAAAACGUUAGAGUGCUCUGCCCGAUUGACAGCCCUGUGCAUGGCCGUGUCAUGGUCAUUUGCGUCGGUGCCAUGAUGGUCGGCAGCACGGUCAUCACCCGCAAGGAGGGUGAACAGGUGAAGCGGGCUGAAGAGCUUGGCUACUUCAAGUUCGGCGGCAGCACCAUUGUGUUGCUGUUCGAGCCUGGCAAGAUGAGAUUUGACGACGACUUGGUGGACAACUCUAACGGCGCUCUUGAGACUUUGGUUCGCGCAGGCAUGUCUAUCGGGCAUUCGCCCGACGAGCCGCAGUGGACGCCGGACAUGCGUAAGGACGAGAAGGAUGUGACCGAGGCGGAGAAGAAGGACGCCAAGCGACGUAUCGGCGGUAGUCUUGCAGGAGAGGAAUCGUCAAGCGGCGACGACACUCCUGGAACCGACCUCAACACCCAUGCUGCAUCGGCCAUGUAG